GCGGCUGCGAAACAACGGGAGGACGAGAUGUCGUUACACUACUCAGCGUAUUUUCGGACAUGUUACGUAAGCGCGCAGCCUUUUUAAACCGUGGUAGAGAGAAAGCCGCAGAGACAAAGUUUCCUCUGACAGCAGCGGGUCCUCACCCUCCUCCCGCGCACCUGUUUGUUAUUUCACUGUUAUUACCAUUUUGUUAGAGCAUUAGACAGUCAUGUCCUCGUAUAAUAACAACACGUGUUAUGACGAGGCUCGGAGAGUAGCUAUUUUCGGUGGCACGCACGGAAACGAGAUGUCAGGCGUGACGCUCGUGAACCUGUGGGUGAAGAACGGCACCGAGAUCCAGAGAAAGAGCGUCGAGACCAAAGCCUUCAUCACCAACCCGAAGGCUGUGGAGAAGUGCACCAGAUACGUGGACACGGACCUGAACCGAGCAUUCACGCCUGAAAACCUCAGUGCCCCAGAAGGACAUGACCUGCCCUACGAAGUGCGGCGAGCCCAGGAGAUUAACAGGAUAUUUGGACCUAAAGGAAGCCCAGACGCCUAUGAUGUCAUCUUUGACCUCCACAAUACCACAUCCAAUAUGGGCUGCACCCUGAUUCUAGAAAGCUCCAAAGACCACUUUAAUCUGCAGAUGAUGAACUACAUCAAGAAAGCCAUUGCUCCAGCGAGUUGUCUUGUUCUACUGAAUGAACACCCUCUUCUUAAAUAUUCCACUUCACGCUCCGUAGCCAAGCAUCCUGUUGGAUUGGAAGUGGGUCCCCAGCCUCAAGGUGUGCUGAGGAGUAACAUCUUUGAAGCGAUGAGGGUGAUACUGAAACAUGCUCUGGACUUCAUCCAACUGUUCAAUGAAGGCAUGGAGUUUCCUCCGUGUAUGGUGGAAGUUUUCCGGGCCUUAGAAAGAGUAGAUUACCCCAGAGACGCCAAUGGAAACAUCAUUGCUAUGGUGCACCCCAAUCUGCAGGACGGUGACUGGGAGCCUCUGAACCCCGGUGACCCCCUGUUCCAAACGUUUGAUGGAAAGACCAUCCACUACCAGGGCUCCAGCACAGUCUACCCCACUUUUAUUAAUGAAGCAGCCUAUUAUGAAAAACAACAGGCGUUUGUAACCACUAGACGAGAAACCUUGGUAGCGAGUGCCAUCAGAAAGGCAUGAAAACUGCUUUGUAAGGCUAACUGUUACGGUCCGGUCACGGUUAGUCCCAGGAACAAACUGUGUAUAGAUCUUGCACUUUGUUGCUGCUAGAAAAUGACAAAAUGUCAUCUUUUUACACACUGAUGUAGGUUUUAAUUAUGCAUUUAUUAUCAGAAAAAGGAAAAAAAAAUCAAUUAACUAUGCAAAGAGCCACUGUGAACGUCUUUUAUAUGAAGACAUUGAUAUUUAUGAUUUUUGACGCACUGUCUAUACAUUACAACUAAGUUUUUAAAGACAUUUAAGGCCAGUUCUAAUCACUCGUGGAUUAUGAAUCUGAACAUAACACUUUAGGUUUCCUACUACCGCUCAGGAAGGAGGAUUCAUGAUCACUACCAGCUACUUUGUGACCCAAAACAUAGUUGUUGUGUGUUGUUUUUUUUUCAUCUUCUUAUAUUUGUAACUUCUUCAUCAGGGUGUUUGUGGCCUUUGAUACUACUUACCUGUAACUCUAGUGGUUGCAUCUGUGGUGCUGUCCUAUCACUGCCUUAAUAGAGAUUACUGGGGAAAAUUGCACAACAAAUUUAAGAGUGGAAUUUGUAGAUUAUACGAUAUGUGUUAUAUAACAAAAAUAUAAUUUUGAUAAAGAGAUGUUGUUUUCCUCCAUACAAAUUUGAUGCAGGUUUAAAUGUGUUUUAUAGUACUAUGUUUGUGUGUACUUUGAUAUACUUGUACUGUAUAUUGUUUUUUAGUGAUGAAUUCACAUGUGCUGUCUCAUGUUUUGACAUCUCCGUUGUCUCGAGACGUGUCCCUGUGGUCUUACAGUAAUUCACUUUCAUGCAGCAAUAACUUUUAUUUUUUAUGUACAUGAUUAGCUGAGUUCACUGUCCUGGAAAUCCUGUGGAAAUGAUCCAAUCAUUAAUAAAUAUUGUUGUGUGCCACUGUU